CUCAUUCUACAUCCUAUAUUGUAAGAAAUGAAGAUUGCAGCAUUCAACGCACAGAGGUUUGGACUGGCCAAAGUCUCAGAUCCAGAUGUCUUGUCCAUCCUCAUCAAGAUCGUAUCUCGAUACGACAUCAUUGUCAUUCUGGAGGUGGUAGAUGUGAGCGGGGCUUCUAUCACACAGUUGCUGGCCGAACUAAAUAGGGUCAACACAUCCCAUCACUACGCACUGCAGCUCAGCACCCGCCUGGGAAGGACCAGAUACAAAGAACAGUUUAUGUUUCUCUAUAGGGAUGAUGUGGUCGACCUGAUUGACAGCUAUCAAUAUGAAGACAAUCAGGUGAAUGACACUGACGUGUUUUUAAGAGAGCCUUACAUUCUCUUCUUCAAACCUCGCAACACAGUGCUGAAGAAUCUAGUGCUGAUACCAGUCCACGCUGCAUCACAGGAUUCGAAAAGAGAGCUUGAUGAGCUGUAUGAGGUCUUCCUGGUGGUCAGAGACAAGUGGAAAACUGAUAAUGUGAUGAUCCUGGGCGACUUCAGAGCAGAUGGUGUGAUUGUGGUGUUUGGAGAAGAAAUGCUGAAAGCCAUUGUUCCAAAGUCAGCAAAACCAUUUAAUUUCCCUGAAGAGUUUUCUUUAACAGAAGAAAUGGCCCUGAGAGUGAGUGAUCACUACCCUGUUGAGGUAGAAUUCACCAGCACAUCUCCUUUCUGGAUAAGAAAAACAAAAAAAAGACAUAGAAGUGUUGAGUCUCAACCAGUGCAGAGAGUUGUCACAGGUAAGGACAACAACUGUAAUUUACUCUGUCUAGUUACUGGCAGAUAUGGAAUGUAG